UGGCCAAGUCAGUUUCACAAUGUUCGUGAUAUUGUUGGCGGCGGCGCUUCUAGGCGCCACUAGUUCCCAGAGGUAUCAUCCAACGAUUGUAUUACUAGGUGAUACUGGGAUUAACACUCCCAUCACUGAAGAUGAAGUCAACUCAAAUGUGAUCCCUGCGGCGGAACAGUCCUUCGCAACAUCCGGAAAUCUGAUAUCUUUCAUUCCUCAGUAUGUCGCUCGUGAUCGGGAAUUGCGGGGUGACUCCUUUUAUGAAUCCGUUAAGAACGACGAAUAUAAAGCAUUGCGGCCAAAGAGGUCGGCAUAUCGUGGUUAUGGUGGGAAUUCAGGCGGCGGCGGCGGCGGCGGCGGUUUUGGAGGAGGCUUCGGCGGUGGAUUUGGUGGCGGUGGCGGCGGCGGAGGAGGAGGAUUCGGCGGUGGAAAAGGUGGUGGCUUCGGAGGUGGAGGCGGAUUUGGCGGCGGUGGCGGUGGUGGAAAAGGAGGAGGUUUCGGCGGCGGAGGUAAUCAUGGCGGCGGUGGUGGUCACGGCGGUGGCGGUUAUGGCGGCGGAGGCCACGGCGGUGGCGGUUAUGGCGGCGGAGGCCACGGAGGAGGAGGUCACGGAGGAGGACACACUGGCGGUGGAGGCUUUGGCGGAGGCCACGGAGGAGGAGGUCACGGCGGUGGAGGUCACGGAGGAGGACACACUGGCGGUGGAGGCUUUGGCGGAGGCCACGGAGGAGGAGGUCACGGCGGUGGAGGUCACGGAGGAGGGCACACUGGCGGUGGAGGCUUUGGCGGAGGUGGAUUUGGACACGGUGGGCACACCGGCGGCGGUAACUUUGGCGGCGGUGGUUAUGGUGGAGGCAACAAGGGUGGCUAUGGGGGCGGUGGCAAAGGUGGUUCCUGGGCCCAGUCUUCCAGUUCAGCCAAUGCAGGCAGCUACGGCAGAUAAACGCAUCUUUCAUCUAGAAGAUCAUGAUACUGCCAUUUGUCCAGGCGCAAGUAUAAUUCCAAUAUGUAUUAGUUCUGAAAUUGAUUUGGUGUAAAUGUAUUUUAAUUAAAUGUUGUCACAAACAA